CUUUUGAACUGAGUUCAAGGCAAUUAAAGUUACGGGCUAAGAAGGAAAGGAGGGGUUUAGAAAUACCAGUAUAAUAAGGAGUAUGACUGCAGUACCCUGUAAAUUAUCGCAAUUAGGCAAAGCCUGAUUUAACGGGGGAAAGAUGGUGAGAAGCGCUACCCUCGUUAAAUCUGGCUGUGAGAGGCUCUUGGAAUGGCAUUAAAUUUGUUUUAGUUGUUUGAAUCACAUAAAAUAGCCCAUGCGUGUGCGAGUACACACGUGCACUCACGUGGGUUCGGUGGAUUUUUUGCAUUUUUUUUUUUUAAAGGGGAGAGGAACAGAACGCAAAACCAAACAGUAUCAACUCCUCCACCCCCCAAACCAAAAAUCCACUGAACAAGUGUUCAAGAGCUCAGGACUGGAAGAGGAGGAGAAAGGCAGGGCGGAAUCGGGGAGUGGAAAGGGAGAGGAGUUCUGCUGACAAAGCCAUGUGCCCUCUGGGCUGGGGGCUCGUGCUCAGUUGCCUGGGCUGCGCACUCCUGCCGGGAGCCCGCGCGCAGUUCCCCCGGGUCUGCAUGACCGUGGACAGCCUGAUGAGCAAGGAGUGUUGCCCGUCGCUGGGUCCCGAGCCUGACAACAUCUGUGGCUCCCAGGAGGGCCGGGGCCAGUGCACGGAGGUGCAAGCCGACACCAGGCCCUGGAGCGGUCCUUACGUCCUCCGCAACCAGGACGACCGAGAAGGCUGGCCCAGGAAGUUCUUCCACCGGACCUGCCGGUGCACAGGACAUUUUGCUGGCUACAACUGUGGGGGCUGCAAGUUUGGCUGGACUGGCCACGACUGCAGUCAGAGGAAAGCCCCGGUUAUUCGGAAAAAUCUUCAUUCCUUGACGGCUCAGGAGAGGGAGCAGUUCUUGGACGCCUUAGACCUCGCAAAGAACACAACGCACCCCGACUACGUGAUCACCACCCAGCACUGGCUCGGCCUGCUGGGGCCCAAUGGGACCCAGCCGCAGAUCGCCAACUGCAGCAUAUACGAUUUCUUCGUGUGGCUCCAUUAUUACUCUGUUAGAGAUACGCUAUUAGGACCAGGGCGCCCAUACAAGGCCAUAGACUUCUCACACCAAGGACCUGCGUUUGUUACCUGGCACCGGUACCAUUUGCUGUGGCUGGAAAGGGAUCUCCAGCAACUUAUUGGCAAUGACUCCUUUGCUUUGCCCUACUGGAACUUUGCCACCGGGAGGAACGACUGUGAUGUAUGUACCGACCAGCUGCUUGGGGCAGCAAGACAAGAUGAUCCAACUCUCAUUAGUCAGAACUCAAGAUUCUCCAACUGGGAAAUUGUCUGUGAUAGCCUGGAUGACUAUAACCGCCGGGUCACCCUCUGUAAUGGGACCUACGAAGGUCUGUUAAGAAGAAAUCAAGUGGGACUGAACAGUGCAAAAUUGCCAACUUUAAAAGACAUACAAGAUUGUCUCUCUCUCAAGAAGUUUGACAGCCCCCCUUUCUUCCAGAACUCGACCUUCAGCUUCAGGAAUGCUCUGGAAGGGUUUGAUAAAGCGAACGGCAUCUUGGACUCUCAAGUGAUGAGCCUACAUAACUUGGUUCAUUCCUUCUUGAAUGGGACAAGCGCUUUGCCACAUUCUGCUGCCAACGAUCCUAUUUUUGUGGUGCUUCAUUCCUUUACCGACGCCAUUUUUGAUGAGUGGAUGAAAAGGUCCAAUCCUUCUGUGGAUGCCUGGCCUCAGGAGCUGGCACCCAUCGGUCACAAUCGGAUGUAUAACAUGGUUCCUUUCUUCCCUCCAGUGACUAAUGAGGAAUUCUUUUUAACUGCAGACCAACUUGGCUACAGCUAUGCUAUCAAUCUGCCAGCUGAAGAAACUCCAGGUUGGACCCCAACCCUCUUGGUGGUCAUGGGAAUACUGGUGGCUUUAGCUGGUGUUUUUGUGGUGCUGUUUUUCCUUCAGUACAGAAGACUCCGAAAAGGCUACACACCCCUAGCAGAGACACAUUUAAACAACAAGAAGUACACAGAAGAAGCCUAGAGAGCUCACGGCUUCCCCUGGAGAGGCACCAGAAAAGCCACAGCCGUUAAAACAGCCUUGAAGAUGAAAAUAGGCCUUAUUUUCCGAAGAGGAUGGAGAGUAAAUGAAGGAAUGAAUGAUCCGUUUGGUUCUUUUUUGCAAAUUCGACUUUCCAGAACUUAUCAGAAUCUGUAGUUCUUAACAGAUAUUCAAUAGCUAGAUAAACAUUGAUUCUAUAGUGAAAAAUAGAUGAGAGAUUAAAUGAUAGAGUUUUCUAGUUAAUUAAUAUACUGUUUUAAGUCUCCUAACGUCUAUAGAAUCACUUUUCCCAGGAAAGGCUGGCUGGAAAAGGUUGUGGGGCUAGACCCCUGACGAUCUGAGUAGAGUUUCAUUGCUUUGAGGUCUCAUUUGGCUGAUCCUGAGCAAAUUUCUUCACCAGGUAGCCUCAGAUGGAAAAUUAUCCGCGUGUAUUUUUAGGAGUUGACUUCCGAUUUUACUCAUGCUGUGGUGUUCUGACAGUUACUUAGGAAUGCUAAUCAGUUAAGCCUUAUCAUUUAAAAGCAAACCAUCCAUACAAAAUAUAACAUUUCAGAAUUAAAUGGUUAUGUUUCACUAAGUAAUCAUCAUAUCAUGAGAGGUAAGAAUGAAGCUAUCUUUAUUUACUAAGAUGCUCAGACUUACCAAGAUGAUCCCUCCUUCUGAGAAGUUAGCGGUUACUGAGAUUGAAGGUAAAUUUCAUCUGCUCAUAUCUGCUACCUGUGCUUCAGGGCUGAGUCCAAAGUUCUAGAAGGUAGCCUAUCUGUCCACGCAUUUCAGCUGCUGUCUACUGGGAUAGAUGUGUGCGAAGGUUGGGUGGGAAGGGGAUUCUUGGAGCCAGCUGCUUUCUACAUAUGGGGGAGGGGGCUAGAUUCAUCAAAACAGUGUUAUCCCUCCAAAAUAAGAUACCAAAAGCCGGAGAAAGGGACAAAUCCCAGUCAGAACCGAAUUGGAGUCUGAGCGAGCCUCAGAAAGCUAUGGACACAUCUGAGUGUGGGCUCAGCAUGUGAGAGUCAAGAUAGCCCAGGGUCCUUCAUGGGCCGAAGCCCUGCUUGGGUCUCUAGCCACCCCCUACCACACGUAGAUCUCAAUUCCUGCCUUUAACAGUAUCUAUGGAAAAUUCGGCAAAGUUUGAUGAACGUACUCCACUCCAGAAGGUUUAUGCUCCAAACUCAGGAUUGUUGGGGAUCACAGUUUUACACCCUAAUUUUAAGCCAAAAGAGAUAAUAAUGAAAUGAAGAUAUAGUUGUGCAUGGUAGGUGUGUUUUUGAAAAGUUACAUUUAAAUUAAUUGCAUGCUAAAAGCAGCAGGAGAGAGGACCCUGGAUGGCUCAGUCAAUUGAGUGCCUGACUCCUGC